AUGCCAUCUGAGGCUCAGUCUCAGGAGCCCCGGGACAGAGGACCGGCGCCUCCUGUCACUCGGGCUGGACGCAGCGCUCAGCUGGCCAAAGCUGCCGCUACAAGCCCCGCCCCCGAGAGGCGGUCGCGUGGGCGACCUCGGAAAGAUGGGAGCAGCGGCCGCUCUGCGCCUCCCACCCCGACUCCUCCUCCUCCCCCUCCUCCACCUCCUCCUCCAACUCCCAAAUCCAGGAAGAAUCGGGAUGGAACGGGGGGUCGAGGCCGAGCCCAGGUAGAGGAUGAAGAGAGCACGGACGCCGCGGAGAAGAAAACCCCCCAGAAAACAGAGGUGACGGAGAAGACAACAGGACGCCGUCGGUCCUCCUCCAGGAGAAAAUCCAACACGACCCCUGACCCCAUCCAGGACCCUGACCCCAUCCAGGACCCUGACCCCAUCCAGGACCCUGACCCCCCCGCAGUCCCAGAGUCCGGCUCAGACCCAGAACCGGCUCCCAGUGCCGAAGUCGCGGACAGAACCGAGCCUGCAGCUGCCGGCGUGCCCCCUGCCUCCAGUCCUGCGUCCCGGGACCUGAGCCCGGCCCACAGCCCCACCCCCAUGCAGGUGGACUGCAGUCCCAGCGCGGUCCCUAUGGAGACAGAAGGGGGUGCGGCCCUGAGCCCCUGCCCCAGUCUUCCGGCGUCCCCCUGCCUGCGCCUGGAGGACGAGGACGCCCUGUCCCCGCUGUGCCAGCUGUCUCUGUCGGAGGACUCGGGGUGCUCGCCGACCCCCAGCCUGGGACACACCACCAAACGUCUGAAGCAGUGUGCCUUCUGUUACCGUGGCGACGAGCCUCCUCUGGGACAGGGCCGCCUGGUGGUGUUCGGCCCGACGCCGGGCUACAUCCCGCUCCACAUCCUCAACCUGCGCGCCUCCCCCGACCGGGACAACGACUGCCACGACCACUGCUACCGCGGCAACCAGGCCCCGCCCACGUGCAGCAGUCCAGAACAGUGUGACGGCGAGUCUUCCUUAGAGUUUGUGGAGCAGCUCGGACCCAUCGGCCUUCCACAUGACAUCAACGUCCAAUCACUGUUUGACCCCACAGGUCAGUGCUGUGCUCACCUGCAGUGUGCAGCCUGGUCAGAGGGGGUGUGUCGCGGCGAGGGCCAAUCACUGCUCUACGUGGACAAAGCCAUCGACUCAGGAAGCACACAGGUGUGUGCAUUCUGCCGUCGGCUCGGCGCGUCGCUGCGUUGCCGGGAGACGGGCUGUGGGCGGAGCUUCCACUUCCCCUGUGCUGCUGCCGCCGGAGCUCAGCAGGACUGGAGCCAGAGACACACACUGUGUACAAGACACACACACACAGUGUCCUCGCAGUGUGUGUUGUGUUCGAGUGGCGGGGAUGUCGGCGGUCUGUUGAUGUGCUGUUGCUGCGGUAGCUGUUACCAUGGCAGCUGCCUGGACCCCCCUCUGGCCCCCUCCCCCCUGUGCCGGGCCGGCUGGCAGUGUCCCCAGUGUCGAGUGUGUCAGAGCUGCAGAUUGCGAGGGGAUGAUGGUGUGUUGCUGGUGUGUGAGCGCUGUGAUAAAGCCUACCACACACACUGUCUCACACCACCUCUGGAUCACACACCGGGCAACGGCUGGAGCUGCAAGAACUGCAGAAUCUGCCGCCGCUGUGGUGUGAGGUCAUCAGGCCAGUGGGCCAAUCACCAGUUUCUGUGUGAGUCAUGUGACCCGGCCCUGCCCUGCCCUCUCUGUGACCGUGCCCCCGACCUCUACACACCACAGGGCUAUCUGACCUGUACCCGCUGCUUUAGGUGUGUCCAUACAGAGUGUAUUGUCCAGGCUGGGGAGGGCAGGGCAGGGUCUGAAGAUUAUGUCUGCUCCACCUGCAGGCCUCAGGAGGAGGAGCCAAUCCCACAAACUUUGAUUGCUCACAGUCCUACCCUGUCCCUGCCGCUCAGUCCCACACAGGCACUUCCCAUUAGCAUUUCACAGCUGCCAAUUCCAAGUCACACAGAGGCUCCACCCAUCAGUCCUACCACUCAUAGCUCAGUCCAGCUCAUCUGCUCAGAUCCACCACAGAGUCCUACACAGACCAUCUGUACACUAUCGCAAACAAGUCUUACGUCAUCCAAACCUGAUCCCACAGAGCUCCAACAAAGUCCGGCGCCAUCUCAUCUUGAUUCCACCGAGCUACAACAAAGUCCUUCACCAUCCCAUCCUGAUCCCACAGAGCUCCAACAAAGUCCUGCACCAUCCCAACCUGAUCUCACAGAGCUCCAACUAAGUCCUGCACCAUCCCAACCUGAUCUCACAGAGCUCCAACAAAAUCCUUCACCAUCCCAACCUGAUCCCACAGAGCUCCAACAAAGUCCUUCACCAUCCCAACCUGAUCCCACAGAGCUCCAACAAAGUCCUUCACCAUCCCAACCUGAUCCCACAGAGCUCCAACAAAGUCCUUCACCAUCCCAACAUGAUCCCACAGAGCUCCAACAAAGUCCUUCACCAUCCCAACCUGAUCUCACAGAGCUCCAACAAAGUCCUUCACCAUCCCACCCUGAUCUCACAGAGCUCCAACAAAGUCCUUCACCAUCCCACCCUGAUCCCACAGAGCUACAACAACAAAGUCCUUCACCAUCCCAACCUGAUCCCACAGAGCUCCAACAAAGUCUGGCGCCAUCCCAACCUGAUCCCACAGAGCUACAACAAAUUCCUUCCCCAUCCCAACCUGAUCCCACAGAGCUCCAACAAAGUCCUUCACCAUCCCAACCUGAUCCCACAGAGCUCCAACAAAUUCCUUCACCAUCCCAUCCUGAUCCCACAGAGCUCCAACAAAGUCCUUUACCAUCCCAACCUGAUCCCACAGAGCUCCAACAAAUUCCUUCACCAUCCCAUCCUGAUCCCACAGAGCUACAACAAAGUCCUUCACCAUCCCAACCUGAUCCCACAGAGCUCCAACAAAGUCCUUCACCAUCCCAACAUGAUCCCACAGAGCUCCAACAAAGUCCUUCACCAUCCCAACCUGAUCCCACAGAGCUACAACAAAGUCCUUUACCAUCCCAACCUGAUCCCACAGAGCUCCAACAAAGUCCUUCACCAUCCCAACAUGAUCCCACAGAGCUCCAACAAAGUCCUUCACCAUCCCAACCUGAUCCCACAGAGCUACAACAAAGUUCUUUACCAUCCCAACCUGAUCCCACAGAGCUCCAACAAAUUCCUUCACCAUCCCAACCUGAUCCCACAAAGCUACAACAAAGUCCUUUACCAUCCCAACCUGAUCCCACAGAGCUACAACAAAGUCCUUUACCAUCCCAACCUGAUCCCACAGAGCUCCAACAAAUUCCUUCACCAUCCCAACCUGAUCCCACAGAGCUACAACAAAGUCCUUCACCAUCCCAUCCUGAUCCUGCAGAGCUUCGGGAAAGUCCUUCACCAUCUCACCUUAAUCCAUCAAAGCCCCAACAAAGUCCUGAGCCAACCCCAUCUGAUCCAUCAGAAUUUCAGCAUUGUCCUGCUCUAUCUCACCCUGAACCAACAGAGCUUGAACAAAAUCUAGAGCAAACUCACCCUGAUUCCACAGAGCUCCAACAAAGUCCAGAGCCAUCUGACCCUAAACCCACAGAGCUCCAACCAAUUCCCACACAAUCUAAUUCUAAUCAAAUAGAGCUCCCACAAAGUCCCACAGCAUCUCAACCUGAUUCCACAGAGCGUGAACAAAAUUCAGAGCCAUCUCAACCUGAACCAUCGGAGCUCCAACAAAGUCCUGCUCCAUCUCACCCUGAACCAACAGGGCUUCAGCAAAGUCCUGCUCCAACUCACCCUGAACCAACAGAGCUCCAACAAAGUCCUGCUCCAACUCACCCUGAACCAACAGAGCUCCAACAAAGUCCUGCUCCAUCGCACCCUGAACCAACAGAGCUCCAGCAAAGUCCUGCUCCAUCUCACCCUGAACUUGGAGAGCUCCAACAAAGUCCGGCUCCAUCUCACCCUGAACUUGGAGAGCUCCAACAAAGUCUUUGUCCUUCUCAAUCUGAUCCUACAGAGCUCCAGCAAAGUCCUGCUCCAUCUCACCCUGAACUUGGAGAGCUCCAACAAGGUCCUAGUCCUUCUCAAUCUGAUCCUACAGAGCUCCCACAAAGUCCUGCUCCAUCCCAACCUGAUUCCACAGAGCAUGAACAAAAUUCAGAGCAAUCUCAUCUUGAUUCCACAGAGCUCCAACAAAGCCCUACGCUAUCUCAUUCUAAUCAAAAGAAGCUCCGGCAAAGCCCUUCCCAAACUCACCCUGAUCCCACAGAGCUCCAACUAAGUCCGGCGCCAUCCCAUCUAGAACAGUCGGAGCGCCAACAAAGUCCUGCCCUAUCCCAUCCUGAUCCCAAAGAGCCCCAACAAAGUCCGGCGCCAUCCCAUCCUGAACCAUCAGAGCUCCAGGAAAGUCUUUCAACCUUUUCCUCUGGUCCAACAGAGCUCUGGGAAAGCUCUGCAUCAUUUAACCCUAAAGCUACAAAACUCCAGGGAACCCACACCUCAUCUGAAGUUAGUCCAGUGGAGCUUCAACAAAGCCCUCCCCAUCUGACUUCCUUGCAGGCUCAGCAUACUCCUUGUCUGCUCAGUAACCCCUCUUCUAGCUUUACCCAGAAUUCCACAGAGGAUCACCUUUUGGCCACAGAAUCUCCACAGAGUCCAACGGAGGGUAGUCCCAUGUCUUGUGGACAUGAGCAUUCUCUGCACAGUCCUCCACCACACACACUGACCGAAGCAGGGCUUAGUCCUACCCGGGUUCAGCCAGGGCCUGCAGAGCCGGAGCAAAGCCCUCCACCACACAGUCCUGUGCAGGACGAAACUACACAGACACAGCUAGAUAGACCAUGUAGUCCCACCAACAUCAUCGUCAUCACACCGCCUCAACAGACUUCCCCACGAAGACGACACAGUUCUACGUCACAUAGUCCUGCACAAGUUGGCACAUCACCUCGAGAGAAUCACACACGGGAUGCUGAACGUACACUGGACCAUGAGAGCCCUGCUGAGCUGCAAUGUGGGCCUGGACAGCACAUUUCUACACUGGACCAGGGCCUUUCACCAGUCUGCUAUAGGUCUACCCAGACAGCAAGAAAACACGCCUCACUGAGGCCCAGCUCAGCUCCAUGUAGCCCAUCACCUUCCCCACUCAGAGCCACACAGUGUAGUCUGUCACAGCCUGCUAGCCCAUCACAGGCCCAAUCUACGCAGCCUUUACAGCUUAGCAUACUUCCUUCUCAGCUUGCUAAACAUUCAAGAGUCACAAAUGAAUGCACCCAAACCAGUACCAUAGAGCUGAAGUCUUUGGAACAUAGCCCAAUGCAGCUGAGUCCUAACCUUGAUGACCAAACACUGGAAAGUAGCCCGACAUCUGAUCUAUCCACAAUGCCUCCUGAUAGCAAUGGCACAGAUGGAAAACUUGCUAACCAGUGUGUCCCUAUCCAGAGUAACCCAAACUUUUCUAGCCCCCAUCACAGUCCUUCCAUGCCGACACCAGAAAGCCUUGUUCACGUUAGCCCUUCAGUGGAACACAGUAGCCUAACUUGCUCACCUCGUGCUGAUGAAACGGAGGUAAAUCCUCCCUCAGCUAUCUCCAUUUGUCCGAGUCCUUCUUGUGACAGCCCACCAUGCUGCACAGAAGCUACUGAAGGUAAAGCCAGCUCCACACAUAUCCAAAAUAUCUCAGCUAGUGCUAGCUCCAAACAUACCAGUCACAUGUCUACAAGCCCUGCCAGCUCUAUUCAGGCCUGUGCUAGCACUAUACCAGUGGAUACUAGCCAUAUAGCUGCAGAAAUUGGCCCCUCAACACAACCAGCUAGCCCUUCAGAAGUUCUGGCUGGAUCCAUUUCCUGUCAGGAUGAGGACAUGGAGGUACAUGUCGACCACCCGAGUCAUUUUAUUCAGUCAGAAACAAGUCCAAGACAUCCAAACUCCAAUUCGGACAGUAAAGUUCAUGGUAGCCCUGCUCACGCAGAAGCUAACGGGUACAGUCAGAUGGGCUCCAUGCAUGUUCAAGACAGAGCCAGUCCCUCUGUUUGUAGUUUUCCAGAGCUUGCACAGACUCAGGCAAGCCUAAGUCCCACACAUCCUGGUCAGUCAGAUCCCUCACAUGUCCAAACUACCUGCAGUCCUCCUCAGACUUCUCCAGAUCAGACAAGCCCCCUGCAAACUAGCUUAAGUCCUCCACACUGUAUGCUGAGUGGUAGUAGCCCAGAGAGUAGCUCUGUUAGCCACAGUCUGAGCCAUAGUGGCCAGACAAGUUCUCACUCUGCUAGCAUAACUGAUGUUACCGUCAGACACAGUCCACCUAGGUCUAGUCCUGCUGGUCAAGCUAGUCCUUUUCACAUACAAAGCGCCUCUAGCAGUCCCCACUCAGGCCCAGCCCAAAGACAGGCUCCCUCAAUAGCGAGCACGACAUACAGCAGCCCUGCACAUGCUGCUGCCACUUGUGUUAGCCCACCUCACAGUCCAGCUCAGUCCAGUGAAACGUAUCGUAGCCCCACAGGUAGCCCUGCUCAGGACACUGCGGCACAGCUGAGCCCCACUCUGGCUAGCUCAAAUCUUGAUGUGGACAUAAUCCAGAGCUCUGUUCUUCCUGCUGUGCUUCACCUUGAUUCUGGACUUGUUAAACCUCCAGACAGUAUUCAGCAGACGAGCCCAGCACCUACUAAUGACUCACACGCGCGUAGUCCCAACCAGGCCAGUCCAAGCCAGGUUAGCCAGUCCCCAGCUAGUCCUCUCUCGACCCCCGACAGAUCUGCUGCUGAAAGCCAACGGAGCAUUGCCUCGGAAAGCCCCUUGCAUCGAACCCCAGCCCCCUCUGUUGGUGCUUCUUCCACUCUGGCUAGCCCUGUCCCUUCUAGUCCCACUCAGGAUACCAGUGCAAUGCCUAGCACUGACCACAUCAGUGAAAUGCCUGCUAGUCCCACACCCUCUGCCCCCUCAAAAGCUAGCUCUGUUUACAGUAGCCCACUUGCUAGUCCUGUUCACAACCCAGGUGAUACACAAGUUAACUCUAGUCUUGCCAGCCCUCUGCGGCCAAAUACUAGUCCCAGUCCUGGACCUGGGAGCCCUAUGAGGUGUGAGGCUAGCAGCCACACUGCAGAUGCUGUUAGCCCUGUCCUUGCUACCCAUGUGCAGUCUGAAACCAGUCCUAGUCCUGGUCCUGUUAGCCCGGUUCAGCCUGACGCCAGUCCUAGCUGCUCUGUUUCCAGCCCCCAGCAACACACAACAGAGAAGGAGUCUGCAGUUGCUGAGGAUGUCAGCAUGGCCGAGAAGCAGGAAGAGAAAACUCAAGAGGUGGAGGAGGUGCAAAGAGAAGUUUCACAGCAGGAGGAGGAGGAGGAGGUGGAUGACCCACACCAGAGAGCAGAGGAGAGUCUGGAGGAAGAGGAGCCUGCUAGAGAACAAGGGCAGAAAGAGCAGGAGGAGAUUUCACACCAGAGAGCAGAGGAGAGUCUAGAGGAAGAGGAGCCUGCUAGAGAACAAGACCAGGAGGAAGAGGAGGAGAUUACACUCCAGAGAGCAGAGGAGAGUCUGGAGGAAGAGGAGCCUGCUAGAGAACAAGACCAGAAAGAGCAGGAGGAGAUUUCACAUCAGAGAGCAGAGGAGAGUCUGGAGGAAGAGGAGCCUGCUAGAGAACAAGACCAGGAGGAAGAGGAGGAGAUUUCACAUCAGAGAGCAGAGGAGAGUCUGGAGGAAGAGGAGCCUGCUAGAGAACAAGACCAGAAAGAGCAGGAGGAGAUUUCACAUCAGAGAGCAGAGGAGAGUCUGGAGGAAGAGGAGCCUGCUAGAGAACAAGACCAGGAGGAAGAGGAGGAGAUUUCACAUCAGAGAGCAGAGGAGAGUCUGGAGGAAGAGGAGCCUGCUAGAGAGCAAGACCAGAAAGAGCAGGAGGAGAUUUCACAUCAGAGAGCAGAGGAGAGUCUGGAGGAAGAGGAGCCUGCUAGAGAACAAGACCAGGAGGAAGAGGAGGAGAUUUCACAUCAGAGAGCAGAGGAGAGUCUGGAGGAAGAGGAGCCUGCCGAGACAGAGGGAGGAGGAGAGCAAGACCAGGAGGAAGAGGAGGAUCAGAACGGCAGCUCAAACUGCCCUUCAGGAUCUGUCCUGAAUGAAGACCCUCAGUCUCCUCCUCACUCUGCUGCUGCCUCCCUCUUCCUCCCACAGUCAGCUCCUCCCUCCCCCAGCCCACCACACCACACUCUGCCUUACCCCCCCUACAGCCCUCCUCCCCCCUCCCCUCUCCUCCUAGAGCCGGCUCUCUGGAGGCCUCCCCUCUCAGGACUGCCUUACUCCCCUCCACUCCUCCCUCUCCUCCCCUGGAACAGGAAGCUACCUGUCAAAGUGAAGCUGCUACGACAGAGGCGGGGCUAGGACAAACCCCUUUCCUGUCAUGUGACAUCAGCAGAAGACGACAGCCAAUCGCAAAGCCAAUUCGAACCGGUCGCAGAAGUAAAAGAGCAGUUUCAACCCGAAAAGUCUGAACCUGUUGCUGCAGCAAAAGAACAGUUUGAACCCACCCAGCAUGAGCACCAAUCACACGCUGAGCCUUCAGAGAGGCAGCAGGAGCCGCAGCCAAUGAGGGAGAAGCAGGAUGCAAAGCAGCAGGAUCCUUCUUCUUCCUCUCUGGAGGCCCGCCCCCUGGAACAGGAAGCUACCUGUCAAAGUGAAGCUGCUACGAUGGAGGCGGAGCUACAGGACAAACCUCUUUCCUGUCGUGUGACAUCAGCGGAAGAUGAAGAAGAACUUGUCGCUGAAGCAAAAGAACCCACCAAAGAUGAGCACCAAUCACACGCUGAGCCUUCAGACAGGGAGGAGGAGCCCGAGCCAAGAGCAACAGCCGCUCCUGAGCUGGUUGCUGAGCGACAGCCAAUGAGGGACAAGCAGGACGCAGAGGAAGAGGAGGCGAGGGAGGGCGGCGAGCAGGAGGACCAAUCAGAUGUGGAGCAGGAGGAUCCGGUGAGCCCCGUGCUGGAACUGGACCCGUCUUUAGACAUGGAGGUGAUGGCGCUGCUGCGGCUCUCCUCCCCCAGCCCGCCCCCCCUUUCCCGGCGGGGGGCGGGUCGGGCUCUAAGGCCCACCCCCCCCUGCUCCUCCCGGCCUUCGGACGACCUCUCCAUCCGCCUGAGGCAGUCUCCCUUCUCCACCGAGGCCUCCCCCGAGACUUCGCCCGCCAGAGCGCCCGUCACGCCACCACCGCUGUCUCCGCCCUCGCCUCUGUACCGAGAGUCUCCGCCCCUUUCUAAGCCACAGACUCUCCCCGUCACUGUGCUCCCCCUCACCCCGAAAAUUGGGAUGGGAAAGCCCGCAAUCUCCAAGAGGAAGUUCUCCCCCGGCAGAGCCAGAAUCAAACAGGGUUCGUGGUGGAGUAAUCGCAGGGCGGUGAGCCCCCCCUCGUCCUCCCAGGAUUCCAUGGGGGAGGGAGGGUGGGACAGCCCUAAGCCCCGCCCUCCGGACUCCCCCCUCUGGAGCAUGAGAGUGAGUCGCGGUUCAGGGUUCCCAGGCAGGAGGAGGUCCAGAGGAGGAGGUCUGGGAGGAGGAAGAGGAGGCAGAGGAAGGAGCCGGCUCAAGACUCAGGACAGUCUGCCUGUGUCCCCCGGAGGUGUGUACGCGGAGCCGUUCCAGCCCAAGGAGGAGGAGGAGAACUCGAUGCACAACACCGUGGUGAUGUUCUCCACCUCGGACAGCUUCACCCUCAAACAGGACAUGUGUGUGGUGUGUGGCAGUUUUGGUCAGGGGGCUGAAGGCCGACUGUUGGCCUGUUCUCAGUGUGGACAGUGUUACCAUCCCUACUGCGUCAACCUUAAGAUCACGCGCGUGGUCCUGACCAAAGGCUGGCGGUGUCUGGAGUGCACGGUGUGCGAGGCGUGUGGCGAGGCCAGCGACCCCGGGCGACUGUUGCUAUGCGACGACUGUGACAUCAGCUACCACACCUACUGCCUGGACCCGCCCCUUCACACUGUCCCCAAAGGAGCCUGGAAGUGCAAGUGGUGUGUGUGGUGUGUCCAGUGUGGCUCCGCCUCCCCCGGGCUGCGCUGUGAUUGGCAGAAUAACUACAGUCGCUGUGGACCGUGUGCCAGUCUGAGCCACUGUCCUCUCUGUCAGAGACAGUACUCGCAGGACGACCUCAUCCUGCAGUGUCAGCAGUGUGACAGGUGGGUCCACGCUGUGUGUCAGGGUCUGAACACUGAAGAAGAGGUGGAAACUGCUGCUGAUGAAGGCUUCGAUUGCACGCUGUGCCGAACACACAGCCGCGGCUCCUACGGGCGGUCAGACAGUUUUGAUUCCCCCUACAUGGCUCAGAUCAUCUCCAGGAUCAGAGAACCCGACACUAAGACGUACACCCAGGAUGGAGUGAGUCUGACAGAGUCAGGUCUCUCUCACCUCCAGUCUCUGGUUGAGCCUCUGACAUCACCGCGCAGGUACCGCAGGUGUAAACCCAAAUUAAAGCUGAGGAUCAUCAACCAGAACAGCGUCUCUGUGCUGCAGACCCCACCGGACACUGACCCCCCUACAGAGCAGGACCCCAGCAGAGGUGACGUAGAGUGUGAGAUGAAAUCCGACUCCAGCCCCGAGCGAGACCACGCCCACGACGAUGACCUCACCAAGGAGCCUGAGGUUACCGACGACAACAAGAAGAGGAAAAGGAAACCUUACCGGCCCGGUAUCGGGGGCUUCAUGGUGCGCCAGCGUGGAGGGAAGGCCGGGCCGAGCAGAAUCAAACUCUGCAGAAAAGACUCGAUAGAGACGCUGCCGGGCCGAGACCAAGACGUUUCCAUGGAGACGGUGCCCCCUGCCGACCAGACGAUGGAGAAGGCGAAGAAGAGGUACAGAAAAAAGAAGACGAAGCUAGAGGAGGAGUUCCCUUCUUAUCUCCAGGAGGCGUUUUUUGGUCGGGAUCUUCUGGAUCAGAGCCGGCAGGUGGACAGGAGGGCGGCGCCAGAGACCCCUGCUGCCAGCCAAUCAGGAGCGGCGACCCCUGGACUACAUGGCCCCUCCCCCUCGGGCCUGCCGCUUGCCGCCAUGACAACCAACGCCAUCAAGAAGCAGGGACCACUGCCCAUGUCGGAGGAAGCUCUGUUGGAUCUGUCUGAUGUUCUCAACACUGAUCCUCACAUACUGGCAACAGGACACACAGCCGGUCUAGAUAUCAGCUCCAUGGCGGCUGACCUGACAGGAAGUGGGCGGGGCCAGAGGGCGGUGCAGGAGGAGCCUCUGGACGCCAUCUUGAGCCCUGAGCUCGACAAGAUGGUCUCUGACGGUGCCAUCCUCAGCAAACUGUACAACAUCCCAGAGCUGGAAGGGAAGGAUGUGGAGGAGGUGUUUACCGCUGUUCUCAGUCCAAACGGCAACAACCAACAACAACCAGGGCAAAGCCAACACACACACACUGCAGCCGGAAGCAAGGGAAACACACACCACUCAGCUACUGUGUUUCCUCGUCUUCCGCUGAUGAACGGCCUGAUGGGAGCUGCUCCUCACUUCUCAAACUCUCCCAUGAUGCCCGGUGUGGCUCAGAGUCCCGCAGGCUUUAGGAUGCCCCCUCCCGAGAGCCCCGCCCCUGGCAUGGCCUCUGCCAAUCAGGCGCCAGCGGGCGAGGGCGAGCAGGACUCGAUGUCGACGGCUCAGAGAGGCAUGUUGAAGUGGGAGAAGGAAGAGAGUCUGGGAGAGAUGGCCACCGUGGCUCCGGUCCUCUACUGCAACACCAACUUCCCCCAGCUGAAGGAGCAGCAUCCUGAAUGGUCGACCAGAGUGAAGCAGAUCGCCAAGCUGUGGAGGAAAGCCAGCUCUCAGGACAGAGCUCCCUUCGUGCAAAAAGCUCGAGAUAACCGGGCGGCUCAGCGCAUCAGCAAGGUGCAGAUGUCCAACGACCCGCUCAAACGCCACCAGCCCUCGCAACCGCACCAACAACCGCAACAACAACCGCAACAACUACCACAGCAACCGCAACCCCUGCAGCAACUACCGCUGCCGCCCGGACCUUAUGACCCUGUUUCCAUGGAGGCAGAGGGGGCGUUCAGGGACCCGCUGAGGCCCAGAGAGUCGGAGCAGGAGCAGGAGUGGAAGCUCCGACAGGGAGAGGUAAAUGACAGAUGGGGAGCCGGUAAGAAGAGGCAGGAAAAUCUCCCCCAAAGCAAAGCCCUAAAAUCACCAACUGAUAAAGAUUGUCCCUACCAGGCAUCUGUAGCAGGCGGUGGCAAAGAGGCUCUGAUGCUGCGUCAGAAGAGCAAGCAGCUCGCCAAGAUGGAGGCCACGCAGAAGCUGGAGCAGGUGAAGAGCGAGCAGCGCCAGCAGCAGAUGCUGAUUGGCCGCCUCUCGCCGGACGGCGGCAGCCGCAGCCCCGGCACGCUGCUGCAGAGCUCCGGAUUGGCCGACGACGUCUUCCUCAGACCGCAAGCCCCGCCCCCGUCGGGCUUCUCCCCGCUGUCCUCCUCCUCCCCCCUGCACCAGCCGCCCUCCUCCCCCCAGAUGUUCUCGCCGCCGUCGUCACGCCCCUCCUCGCCGUGGGACCCCUACGGUAAAGCAUCGGGGACUCCCCGUCCAGCGUCCUCCCAGCAGCAGCAGCGCCACAACUCCCUGAGCGCCUCGCCGGCACACGAUGCCUUCGGCUCGCCGGCGCCAUCGCCAGACGCCAAAACCUCCGACGGCUCACGGAGCCUCCCUCCCCAGCCAGGGUUGCAGCAGAGCAGGGCGGGCAUGAUGAGCCCCCCCUCUGGCUCCGCCCCCGACCUUUCAUCCAGACACGUUGGUAUCCGAGCCGCCGAGACGUACCAGAGGACUCCUCUUAACAGCGCUAACCAGCGCGUAUCGGCGUCUGAAAUGUACUCUCAGGGCGGGCUGUUUAAAGCCCCCAUGCCCCCCCAGCAGCCGGAGGUGUUUGGCGGUCCCGGGGGAGUCCGCCGGGACCCUUCCAGACCCCCCUCAGACCUGGGCUACUCCCUCCAGCAGUCCCAGGACGCACAGUUCCCCUCCAGUCCGCUGUCGGGGCUGGGCUCGCCACACCGCAGCCCGUACAGACAGGACUUCAUCCAACCGGUCCCGGACGCCUUCCCCCAGCACUCCCCUCUGGCGUCCAGACCUUCACCGGACCCGUACGCUAAUCCUCAGACCCCCGGCACGCCACGCCAGCACUCGGACCCCUCGUACCUCGCCACGACGUACAGCCAGCAGGCCGCCAAUCGCCGGCCUCCCGCAAAACCUGGACCAGUCGCCGCCAACGCCGCCAGCCGGCCCACGCCCGGCCACGGAGAACCACCCGCGGAGAGCUUCACUUCUCAGGCUGGAGAGAGCGGGACCUUCACCCCCACGCUGCACCAGUUGCAGCAGUCUCCGGGACGACAACAACAACAACAUCAACAACAACAACAACAUCAACAACAACAGCAGCAGCAGCAGCAGCAGCAGGACUCAUUUCCCAGAACCCCCGGCAGCCAGACCCCAAAGCAUGCUGGGAUGUCUGAGGAGAGUGUCUUCCUGGGCGGUCAGACUCAGGGUCACGACGCCUUCGAGCAAGGUCACAUGACCCCCGGCCCCUCGCUGACGGACAAGACAACAGCCAAUGAAAUGGCAGCGCUGGGCGUGGCCUCUCUGGACGGACCAAUGAGCAUGCUGCCUCAGCUCGGUGACUCGGAGGAGAAGCUGAGACAGCGCCAGCGUCUACGCCAGCUGAUCCUGAGACAGCAGCAGCAGAAGAGUGCCUUACGGCAGGAGAAAGGUCUGCAGGAAGCGGCUGCUGGUUCUGGUUCUGCAGCGCGACACUGGGCUCAGGUGGACCCCCCCACGGCCCCCCCAGCUGACCUGUUUGGACGCCCCCCUCCCCCGUACCCCGGAACAGUGAGGCCUGUCGGGGGGGCCCCGGGUUUCCCAGCAGAGCAGAGAGGCUUCGGCCCCCGAGAGCUCGGAGUCAGAGCACCAAACCUCAGGUUUGGUGUUCCUCCUCCAGCGAGUCUUCAGGACUCCUUCUUGCGUCCUCCCCAGGGUGCGGUGCCUGGAUCUGGGAUCAGUUCUCUGGAGGGAGUCCCUGCCCAGAUGAGGAGGCCCAUGCCUGGGGAGUUCACGGGGAUCCGCCCCCUCCCUGCUCCCGGUGCUCAGCCGCACAUGAUGCCAGGUCUCCCGCAGCCCUUCCCUCCUCGCUCCUUCCCCCUGCAGCAGCACAGCAUCAUGGGACAGCCGUACAUCGAGCUUCGACAUCGCAUCCCCGAAAACCGCCUGAGGCUGUCCUUCCCUCUGCCUGCCGGCCCGGACCCCCGAGACCUGCGGCCGUGUCCGCCGGCGCUGGGCCAGCAGUCGGUGCUGGAGCAGCUGAACCAGCAGCAGCAGCAUCAGCUAGCACACGCAGCGGCGCUGAGUCACGCCCUCCCCGGGACUGAUGGGAUGGAGGAGCACCUGGAGGACUCAGCGGUGAAGGACCUGGAGGACGUGGAGGUGAAAGAUCUGGUCGACCUGAACCUGAACCUCGACCCUGAAGACGGUAAAGAGGAUCUGGACCUGGGUCCCAACGACCUGCACCUCGACGACUUCCUGCUGUCGGGGAAGUUCGACCUGAUCGCCUACGCUGACCCCGAGCUCAACCUGGAGGACAAGAAGGACAUGUUCAACGAGGAGCUGGAGCUGGGCGAGACGGCCGAGGACCGGAGGACAGACAGCCACUUCAAACAGGAAGUACAGGACGGCAUCAAGACCGAAGCCAGGCACACGGCUCCCCAGCCCGGGGUCUUCACCGCCAUCAGACCCCCCGGACCCCUGGUGGCCGAGGCAGCCGGCUCGCUCCAGAAAGGGGAGGACUCUGGUUCUGGUUCUGGUUCAGGGGCCUUGCCCGCUCUCCAGACCCAGGAACAGGCUCCGUCGUCGGGCAUAACUCCCAGGGUUCACCCCCCCAUGGCUGGAGGGCCGCAGUCGGUCUUCCAGCAGAGACCGUUUGGACCCUCGUCUCUCUUCACCCCCCACCCUCAGGGUCUCCCUGCGCCCCCCCACCCUCAGGGUCUCCCUCUGUCCCUCCAACCCCCACAGCCCCGCCUCCUCCUCAACCCCCAGACCCAGCUUUCACAGCCGGGGGGCUCCACGCAGACCCAGACCCAGACCGUCUUCCUCCAGAGCCAGGACCAGGACCAGGACCCGGACCAGGACCCACAUAGGCCUCUGCUCCUGGAGGAGCAGCCACUCCUCCUGCAGGACCUCCUGGACCAGGAGCGCCAGGAGCAGCAGCAGCAGAAACAGAUGCAGGCUCUGAUCAGACAGAGGCCCCCCCCAGACGCUGUGUUACCCAACAUGGACUUUGACUCCAUCACUGACCCCAUCAUGAAGGCGAAGAUGGUGGCUCUGAAAGGCAUCAACAAGGUGAUGACGCAGGGCAACCUGGGACUCAACCCGAUGGCCAUCAACAGGUUCCAGCCGGCCCCGGUGGUCCCAGCUCCAGAGGGAGCUCCUCAGCCUCCCCAGCCAGUGGGACAGGAUGGGAAGUUGAACCCCCCGUUGGUGCGACCCAGUCCUCCCAACUUCGGCCCGGGCUUCGGCAACGAGGCCCAGCGGCGGCAGUACGAGGAGUGGCUGGGCGAGACGCAGCAGCUCCUGCAGAUGCAGCAGCGCCUCCUGGAGGAGCAGAUCGCAGCUCACCGCAAAACCAAGAAGUCUCUGUCGGCCAAACAGAGAACAGCCAAGAAGGCUGGCCGAGCGCUCACCGAGGAGGACGCCGCCCAGCUCCGCAACAUCACGGAGCAGCAGGGGACCGUGCAGAAACAGCUGGAGCAGAUCCGGAAGCAGCAGAAGGAUCACGCCGAGCUGAUCGACGACUACAGGACCAAACAGCAGCGAGCUGCAGCGGCGCUGCCCCCUCUCCAGCCCCCUCUCCAGCCCCCCCUCUCCCAGCCCCCCCUCUCCCAGCCCCCCCUCUCCCAGCCCCACCCCACUGGCCCCACCCUGCCCCGCGCACCAAACGUCCCCAUUGGUUGGUCCCCUGGAGGCGGAGCUCCGGGGGUGAUGGGGCAGAGGAUGCCUCUUCUUCCACCCCCCCAGAUGCCCCCCACCGCCCAGCCUCCCGCGGCCAUGACGCCGGGCCUCGCUCCUCCGACAGCGGGCUUCACCGCGGGGCCCCGGGGCCCCCCCGCAGGGACCAACGGAGCUGCAGGGGACCCCGCGCUUCAGGUGAAGUUUGACGACAACAACCCGUUCAGUGAAGGUUUCCAGGAGAGAGAGAGGAGAGAGAGGCUGAGAGAGCAGCAGGAGAGGCAGAGAGUUCAGCUAAUGCACGAGGCUGGUCCUCCUCCUCAACACGGGCCUUUUUCAGUCGCGGAAAAUACUUUUCAAUACUCAUCUGGAUUGAAGCAGCAAACAUUCAGUGUGGAACGCCAUCGCGCCUUGCAGCAGAGGCUGGAGCUGGAGCAGCAAGGCAUGCUGGGAAACUCCAUGCCCCCAUCUGGAGCUCUGCCGGGGGCUCGAGUCGUACAAACGCCCGGACCUCCUCCGGCGGCGGCGGCGGACGGUCUGUCCCAGAUGCCGUUCUUCAGCUCAGAGCUGCCGCAGGACUUCCUCCAGUCGCCCCCGGCUCCCAGAGCGCCGUUCCCCCAGCAGGGAGCCCUCUGUCCGGGCUUCCCCGCUGGGCGCGGCCCCCUGGAGGUGGCUCCCUCCAGCCUGCAGGCUCGGCCCAGGCUCCCAGCCCAGGGAACGCUGCUGCCCGCUGGGUUCCCAGCGGCGGCAGGGAUGCCCCCCUCCCAUCCUCGGUUCGGACAUGACUCCUCAACCCAUGGCGCCUCCCUCGCCCAGCUGUACUCUGACAUCAUCCCUGACGACAAACCGAAGAAGAAGAGGAGCAGGAAGAGGGACGGAGACGACGGCGGCGGGGGCGCCAGGACGCCGCUUUCCUCGCACUCUGACGACAUCACGGCUCCGCCCACUCCGGCCCGGUCAGACACUUCCUGCUCCACGCCCACACGCGGCAGCGCGGACCAAUCGGAUGUGAGCUUCUCGCUGAGCGCCAGCCUCGCGGCUCUGGCUCCGUCCUCGGAGCUGGAGAGGCAGCUGUCGGCCAUCUCGGCGGCCCAGCAGAGAGGCUCCGUCCUGGGCACGGAGAGCCAGAGAGGCCCCCUGUCUGCAGUCCGUCUGGAGGUCAAGGAGGAGCGUGAGGAGGGAGGAGCUUGUGGUGGAGGCAGGGUGAAGAUGGAGGCGUGUGGGGGUGAUGCUGUCUUCUCCCCCUCCCCUCCCUACGGGGGAGACGGGGGGAAGGAGCUGCUCAGACAUCUGCUGAAGGACAAAACCUCCCCGGCAACCACGCCAUCUCCCACCGGCCAGGCCCCGCCCACCGCCCGCCGACAGCUGUCCAAUGAAAGCGUCCGGUCCGAAGAGGACGACCAUGGAAACAUGGUGACCAUGGACAGUCCAGGAGCAGAUCUGCUGGACUCAUCCGGCAGGAAGAAAGCUCCGCGCUGUAAGAGACCCUCUCGGCCCGAGAAAGACAAAGCUCCUCCCAAAAACAAGAGGAGGAAGAAGGAGGAGGAGGAGAAGACGCUCCAGUCGUCCUCUACAUCGUCCUCUGACCCGCUGGUGACUCACCUCAGACAGCUCUCGGUGCUGCCCCUGAUGGAGCCGGUUCUGGGGGUGGAUCUGAGUCUGUUCCCCCCGUACGGCAGCUCGUCUCUGGGCAGAGACUCGCUGCUGAGUGGCUCCUUCGGUAACGGCUGCCUGGACGGGGUCACGGACUACUACUCCCAGCUCAUAUACAAGAAUAACCUGAGUAACCCUCCCACCCCCCCGGCCUCGCUGCCCCCCACCCCCCCGCCCGUCGCCAGGCAGAAACUGGUCAACGGCUUCGCCACCACGGACGAGCUGGCGAGGAAAGACAUCAGCGAGCAGGACGUGAACGGUGUGAAGCAGAAGGGGGAGGAGCUUCUGGCUCUAAACCACGCCUCCAAAACGGUCGACGUCCCGGCCUCGCUGCCGACGCCCCCCCACAACAACCAGGAAGAGCUCCGGGUCCAGGACUCGUCGGGGCGCGACAGCCCGGACGGCUUCGUCCCGUCCUCGUCUCCGGAGAGCGUGGCGGACAUGGAGGUCAGCCGGUUCCCCGACCUGUCCUUCAUCAAGCUGGAGCCGCCCUCGCCCUGCCCCUCGCCUACAAUACCCAUCAUGCCCUGCGCCUGGGGGAAAGGCUCAGCAGUGAAACAGGAAGUGAAGACGGAGCCGCACCAUCAGUUUCCUCCCUCUUGCUCUAACACUGACCUGGUUACCAUAGCGAUAACGCUGAACCCGGUCGCAGCUCAGAACGUAGCCGGUGUGAUGGCGGCCGUGGCCGAGCUGCUGCGGGUCCCCGUCCCAGCCGACUACCAGCUGAGCGGCGCCGUUGGCCCCGAGAGGAACUCGCUGGCUCUGCUGGCUGGAGUCCGAGUGCCGCUCACACAGAGUUCAACCGUCAGCAGACAGCAGAGACCUCCUCAGUGCUGCAGCUGCUGCAAGGUGCUCCUGGGAAACGGAGUCCGCAUCAUCAAGGAGCUCAAACAGGAGGGUCAGUCCAGACCAGGAUCCAGCCUGGUGUUCUGCAGUCCGAACUGCUCUGCUCUCUACACAUCUGAGCUGCAGAGCAGAACAUCUGGAAACAAGGCGGUCCAGCCCAGCUCCGAGCCUCCCGGCAGAGUUCAGCACCGCUACAGCAGCAACAUGUCCUCCAUCGCCGUGCACUCCCUCCUCCACGCCCCCUCCUCCUCCCCACACAACUCCCCCGCUGCCUCGCCGCCACUCUCCUUUCCCCCCGCCUCUGCCGUCACCAUGGAGACCAGGCCCCGCGUGGACAGCCUCAAGGUUAAGGUGAAGCUGAAGCCCCGCCCCCGGGCGGUCCCAGGGGGAGAGGACUCGAUGUCGUCUCGUCCCGGGAAGAGGAUGAAGAACUGCCGCUGGAGACGCUGGAGCUUCAGCAUCACACUCAGCAGAGGCCCUUGCACCCCUAACGAGGGCCACGCCAUGCCGACGGAGGAGGAGGUGGAUGUGCUGUUGAAGAAGUUGGGGGCGUGUCUCGGUCCAGAUGCGUCAUGCAAAGACCAGCGGCGCUGCUGCUUCUGUAACCAGCAGGGGGACGGACGCACGGACGGACCGGCCCGCCUGCUGAACCUGGACCUGGACCUGUGGGUGAGUCUGGAUCCAACUGCACACAAUCUGCUUUGCCUGACUGGGCAUUCACCCCCCAAAACAACAGCACAACACUUAAAGGUGCAGACCCGGCGCACGUCUAAUGCCAGUGCCCGCCUCCGCUGCACCAACACCUACCACUUCUCCUGCGCCCUGCAGGCCCACUGCACCUUCUUCAAGGAUAAGACCAUGUUGUGUCCGCUCCAUAAGCCUCGGACGGUUUCUCUGAGCGGCGACCGCUCCUCCAGCUGCUCCCCGUCCUCCGCCCAAUCGCCGGCGCCCGACCCGGCGGCGUUCUGCGACCCGUACGACUGCGAGCUGCGCUGCUUCUCGGUGUUCCGGCGCGUGUUUGUGCAGCGGGACGAGGCGCGGCAGAUCGCCGGCGUGGUGCAGCGCGGCGAGCGGCAGCACACCUUCCGGGUCGGCAGCCUGCUGUUCCGCGCCAUCGGCCGGCUGCUGCCGCACCAGAUGAAGGCCUUCCACAACCAGACCGCCAUCUUCCCCAUAGGUUACCACGCCAACCGCAUCUACUGGAGCAUGCGCCACAGCAACAGGCGCUGUAAGUACCUGUGCUGCAUCGAGGAGGCGGAGGGCCGCCCGCUGUUCAGAGUGAAGGUGGUGGAGAAGGGAUACGAUGACCUCGUACUGACCGGACCCUCGCCUAAAGCUGUGUGGGACCAGAUCCUGGAGCCAGUAUCCCAGUUGAGAUCGUCCAGUGGGACUCUGAAGCUUUUCCCGGUUUACCUGAAAGGAGAAGAUCUGUUUGGUUUGACCACGUCUGCUGUGACCAGGAUCAUGGAGUCUCUGCCAGGUGUGGAGACCUGUGAGCGUUACAUCUUUCGUUACGGCAGGAACCCUCUCAUGGAGUGGCCUCUGGCCUUCAACCCGUCUGGCUCAGCCCGCUCUGAACCAAAAGCCUGCCAGACCAAGAGGCCGACCCUGCUGACCAGCAUCGCUCCCAGGUGCCAGGGCUCCGUGGGCUCUAUCGUUGGCGUCGUUCCCGGCGUCAUCGCUCUGUCUCCGGGAGAGUCCGUGGCCGGCGCUCACCAGGGCCGCCACUCCAAGUCGGCCCAGUACCGCCGCAUGAAGGCCGAGUGGAAGACCAACGUCUACCUGGCCCGCUCCCGCAUCCAGGGUCUGGGUCUGUAUGCUGCCAGAGACAUCGAGAAAUGCACCAUGGUCAUCGAGUAUAUCGGCACCAUCAUCAGGAGUGAAGUAGCCAAUCGCAAAGAGAGGCUCUACGAGUCACAGAACCGCGGUGUGUACAUGUUCCGGAUCGACAACGACUUUGUGAUCGACGCCACCAUCACUGGAGGACCGGCCAGGUACAUCAACCACUCGUGUUCUCCCAACUGCAUCACGGAGGUGGUCACUGUGGAGAAGGAGAACAAGAUCAUCAUCAGCUCCUGCCGACGCAUCCAGAGAGGAGAAGAGCUGUCCUAUGACUAUAAGUUUGAUCUGGAGGACGAUCAACAUAAGAUCCCGUGUCACUGUGGAGCCGUCAACUGUCGCAAAUGGAUGAACUGAACAUCUCUCUCUGUCUCUCUCUCUCUCUCUCUCUCUCUCUCUCUCUCUCUCGGUGCUGAGGCUGGAUGUCGAUCGCCCAUCGCUCUGUGGGCGGAGCUACACUUCCUAUCAGAAGAAUAUAAUAAUAAUAAUAAUAAUAAUGUAACAUAACGAUCAGAUGUGAUCUCAGAGAAUAAUGAUCGGAGGGGUUUGAUUGACAGAUCAGGGGCGGUGUGGGUGGGCGGGGUUAAAUAUGAUCAGGGUGGGUGAUUGACAUGUGAGGGGGCGGGGCUUACGAGAGGCUGGUCCUCUGUGUGUAUAUGAUGUAAAUGUGAGUGUAAACGCCACUGAAAUAACACAACGUCCUCACAGAGAGGGACGCAAAGUUGCACUAUCAAAAAUAUAAAAGGACAAAAACACAGCUAUACCCACACAAACAUACUUGAUUCCUCCUCUCUCUCUCUCUCUCUCUCUCUCUCUCUCUCUCUCUCUCUCUCUCUCUCUCUCUCUCUCUCUCCUCCUCUUCCUCCUCCCUUCCUCUCUGCGUUUUGUUAAUUUCCUGUAAAAUAAGAGAUUUUGUUCUUUUUGUAUUUAUUACUGAAUGAAAAGCUAUUUUCUAAAUCCACGGUGAGUUCGAGGCCCGGAGUCGCAGCGUGUAAAUAUCUGUAUCAUAAAAAGCUAAAAGAAAAAACAGAGAGAAGUUUAGAGAUAACUCCACUGAGCGCUACCUUUAACACCCUCACCUUCAUCACCUUCAUCACCUACCUUCCUACCUGCCCGUCCCAGCAGCGUUCUGUCCCAGUUUUGAAUAAAGUUUCACCUUUUGUGUUUCCCGUGCGUCCCGGCGCUGGAGGCGCUGCGUUGUGAUUGGACGAGGGCUGUGAACAGACUUCCUGAGUGUCUCUGCGGCCUUCAUCGGAGCAUCUUUCAGUUUGACUUUUCUUUGUGUUGUGGAGUCCUGCUGCCGUGUACAUAUGAGGUUUAAUCAGGACGUGUGUACAGUUAGACGACACCUUGUUUCAGUUUUUUAUUAUUAAUGUAAACACAGCGUGACCAUGACGACGACGACGAUGAUGUUUGUGCUUUUUUUUGUUGUUUUUUUGGGGGGAAAAUGUGGAAUCUGAUUUAGAAUCAUUUACAGAAAAUAAAAUAUUUUACAUCUUGAAGAA